AUGGAAAAACCAAAGGGCCAAAAAAGCGAGAAGAGCGUUCAUUACCCCUGCUACAAGGACGCCUAUUCCGCCACUCAAUACCCCAAGGGCAUUCCCCGCCGUUGCCUUGGCCAGAAUCUCGAGUGCGCGCGCCUCGUCUGGUGCGGCAGCUGCCGCGUAUGUCGUGAUGAGAGUUGGUUCCAACAGGACCCUCCCGGUUACUUCAAGACUCGUUCUUGCAACCAGUGCGAGAACAAGAAGAAGGAAACGAAGAUGAAAAAGGCCUCUGAGGAUGAAGAUACCGCAGAGCAGGCUUCUUCCAGUCAGGCUUAUUUCAGCCAGUCCGCUCCCACCCAGCCUGAUCAGCUUGUGCGGCUGAUCCCUCCCCCGACUCAGCAGCAACUCUCGAGUCUUCAUGCUUCUGAUUCCUACCAGCAAGCUUUUGGUCAUGUCCAGUCGAACCUUGGCUUCAUGUACAACCAGGAAGCCUUUGGUCUUCCUCCGCCUCCCACUCCCCAUCCCGAACCUACCACUGGCCCCUCUCAGCAGAUCCCUGGCCAUGCACAGUCGACUCCCAUCCUUCCGGCGAAUAUCGGCUUCAUGUCUACACAGCAUUCUAUUGGCCGCAAUCAGCCUCCUGCUGGCUAUUCUGAGCAGAGCACUUGCCCGCCUCUGGAGUACCUUGCCGGUUAUGGCUAG